AUGGGACUAAGGGCACCUCCCCCCCCUCUGGCUCCCCUGGCAGGGCUGGAGUACAGCGAUGUGCUGCCCGACUCCUUCCCCUCAGCGCCGGCAGAGACCCUCCCUCACUUCCUGCUGGAGCCACAGGACGCCUACAUCGUGAAGAACAAGCCCGUGGAGCUCGUGUGCCAUGCCAACCCUGCCACCCAGAUCUACUUCAAGUGCAACGGGGAGUGGGUCAAGCAGGAAGACCACGUCACCAAGGAGAGCCUGGACGAGGUCACUGGGAUGCUGGUGCGGAAGGUGCAGAUCGAGGUCUCCCGGCAGCAGGUGGAGGAGCUCUUUGGCUUGGAGGAUUACUGGUGCCAGUGCGUGGCCUGGAGCUCGGCGGGCACCACCAAGAGCCGCCGCGCCUACGUCCGCAUAGCGUACCUACGAAAGAACUUUGACCAGGAGCCGCUGGGCAAGGAGGUCCCUCUGGAGCACGAGGUCCUGCUGCAGUGCCGCCCGCCCGAGGGGGUCCCACAGGCCGAGGUGGAGUGGCUGAGGAACGAGGACGUCAUCGACCCCUCCCAGGACACCAACUUCCUGAUCACCAUCGACCACAACCUCAUCAUCAAGCAGGCCCGGCUCCUGGACACUGCUAAUUACACCUGCAUGGCCAAGAACAUCGUGGCCAAGCGCCGGAGCACCACGGCCGCUGUCAUCGUCUAUGUGAACGGUGGCUGGUCCACCUGGUCCGAGUGGUCUCCUUGCAACAACCGCUGUGGCCGGGGCUGGCAGAAGCGCACCCGGACCUGCACCAACCCCGCGCCGCUGAACGGCGGCUCCUUCUGCGACGGGCAGCCUUUCCAGAAAAUCACCUGCACCACCCUCUGCCCAGUGGAUGGCGCGUGGACGGAGUGGAGCAAGUGGUCGGCGUGCAGCACCGAGUGCACGCACUGGCGCAGCCGCGAGUGCGCCGCCCCGGCCCCCCGCAACGGCGGCAAGGACUGCAGCGGGGGGCUCCUGGACUCCAAAAACUGCACCGACGGGCUCUGCCUGCAGAAUAAAAGAGUUCUAAGCGAACCCAAAAGCCACCUGCUGGAGGCCACAGGUGACGUGGCCCUGUACGCCGGGCUGGUGGUGGCCAUUUUCGUCUUCAUCGUGAUCCUCAUGGCUGUGGGGGUGGUGGUGUACCGGAGGAGAUGCCGGGAUUUUGACACGGACAUCACGGACUCAUCAGCUGCUCUCACCGGAGGAUUCCACCCUGUCAACUUCAAGACCUCCCGGCACGACAACUCCCAGCUGCUGCACCCCUCGAUGCAGCCGGACCUGACGGCCAGUGCGGGGCUGUACCGCGGCCCCAUGUACGCCCUGCAGGACUCCUCCGACAAGAUCCCCAUGACCAACUCGCCCCUGCUGGACCCCCUGCCCAACCUCAAGAUCAAGGUGUACAACUCCUCCACCACCUCCUCCUCGCCGGGGCUGCACGACGGCACGGACCUGCUGGGGGGGGUCCCUGCCACCGGCACCUACCCGGGGGACACCGCCAGGGACGGGCACUUCGGGAACGUGCGGAGCAAAGCCCUGGGUUCCCAGCACCUCCUUGGCUUGCCCCGGGAGCACGGCUACAGCGCCAGCGGCACCUUUGGCUACCUGGGGGGAAGGCUCACCGUGCCAGGCACUGGGGUGAGCCUGCUGGUGCCCCACGGGGCCAUCCCCCAGGGGAAGUUCUACGAGAUGUACCUGGUCCUCAACAAGGCAGAGAGUGCCCUCCUGCCCUCCGAGGGCACGCAGACGGUGCUGAGCCCGGCAGUGACCUGUGGGCCCACUGGCUUGCUCCUGUGCCGCCCCGUCGUCCUGACCAUUCCCCACUGUGCCGACGUCAGCUCCUCAGAUUGGAUUUACCAGCUGAAAACACAGUCCCACCAGGGAAACUGGGAGGAAGUUGUGACCCUGGAUGAGGAGACCCUCAACACUCCCUGCUACUGCCAGCUGGAAGCCAAGUCCUGCCACAUUUUGCUAGACCAGCUGGGCACCUACGUCUUCGUGGGAGAGUCCUACUCCAGGUCAGCCAUCAAGAGGCUCCAGCUGGCCAUCUUUGCCCCCACCGUUUGCACCUCCCUGGAGUACAGCCUCAAGGUCUACUGCUUGGAGGACACGCCAGAUGCUCUGAAGGAGGUGCUGGAGCUGGAGAGGACACUGGGAGGGUACCUGCUGGAGGAGCCCAAGCCCCUGCCCUUCAAGGACAGCUACCACAACCUGCGUCUCUCCAUCCACGACAUCCCCCACGCCCUGUGGAGGAGCAAGCUGCUGGCCAAGUACCAGGAAAUCCCCUUCUAUCACAUCUGGAGCGGCAGCCAGCGAGCCCUGCACUGCACCUUCACCCUGGAGAGGUACAGCCAGGCCUCCACCGAGCUCACCUGCAAGAUCUGCGUCCGGCAGGUGGAAGGGGAAGGGCAGAUCUUCCAGCUGCACAUCACGCUGGGAGAGCACUCCAGCUCCUUCGACACCCUCCGCUCCCACCACAGUGGUGCCACCCCCACCACCCAGGUGGGACCCUACGCCUUCAAAAUCCCCCUCUCCAUCCGGCAGAAGAUCUGCAACAGCCUGGAUGCUCCCAGCUCCAGGGGAAACGACUGGAGACUUCUCGCCCAGAAGCUCUCCAUGGACCGGUAUCUGAACUACUUUGCCACCAAAGCCAGCCCCACCGGGGUGCUCCUGGACUUGUGGGAAGCCGAGCACCAGGACGAUGGUGACCUCAACACCCUGGCCAGUGCCUUAGAGGAGAUGGGCAAGAGCGAGAUGCUGGUGGUCAUGGCCACGGAGGGGGACUGCUGAUGAUGCUCCCACAGCUGGUGGGCCAGGAGGAUGAAACAGGGGGUGAGGAGGGGUCCUUCCCCAACGGCUGGGGGUGGGAGGCACGUCCAUCCUGAGCAAGGAAGGGCAGAGGCCGUCACUCCUCCUCCCUCCCACAUCACUGUCAGCCUUAGAGACCCGUCCUCAGCGUUUACAAGCAAUCCAAGUGUUACGCAGCAUUCCUCUUCCUCCUCCUCAUGGCACGGGGAGGAAUUAGGGCUUCUUGAGUUGGGAUGGGGGCUUUCCUUUUCCUUCUUCUUUUGGGUUCCCCUCCUCCUCCUUUAAUAGCAUUUCUGCGUUGAAGAGGCGAGUUCAAUCCAGGCGAACGGCUUAACUCCUGUCAAAGGCUUCAGGCAGCUUAACGAGGCAAAUAAGAAAGAAAAAAAAAAGGAAAAAAAAAAAGUUUCUUAGGAAACGCAAAUAAUUUAUUAUCCAGAUCUUUGGAUGUGUCCUUUUUAAAAAAAAAAAAAAAAAAAA